GAGACCUCGACUGUGUUUUGUUUCCCAAAUUUUGAGUCCUGUAUCUGUGACUGUGAGUCACUGGUGUGGUCUUGACUUAGCUGAUGGGUUUCCCUUGUCGAGGAAGAGAAUGUGCAGGUAUCCCUACUCCCAAUGCCUGAAGCCUUGAGGGCACACCCGAAAUUCAGCUAAAACAAUCAGUGACACAAGCAAGAAAUAGUUACAUUCAACCGUCCUGAAGCGAAGAUCGCGCAAGAACCUCAGUAGGCUUGUCAGUUGUGACUUACCCAUUGCUGCAUUAUGUCGUCCCAUGAUCACGAAAUGGCAGGCGAGAUGGAGGCGGCUACAGCAGUGGCAUUCUCGGACUCAAGCAGUAGCAAUCGCCUAUGGAAAUGUGGUCGAGUCUCAUUCUCUUUCGUAACGCUGCUCUCUGUAUUUGCGGCAAUGGGUGGAUUCUUGUUUGGCUACGACAUUGGUGUGAUUGGUGGUGUGAAAGACAUGGAGGAGUUUCGGAGGUAUUUUGGCGAGCCUUCCUACACUCGUGACAAUAUCACUGGUAAAAACACCACCGAGUGGAAAGUCAGCGAUGUGAACCAGGGUUGGAUUGUAGGCAGCUUCUCUCUGGGCUGCUUGGUCGGUGCUCUUAUUGCAGGAGUUGUAGCAGAAAGGCGUGGACGUCGCAUCACUGUCCUACUUGGCAGUGUCAUCUUUACUGUGGGUGGUCUAGUUCAAGCACUGUCCUACUAUAUAUGGAUGGUAUAUCUAGGACGUGUUGUGGCUGGUUUUGGUGUAGGAAUACUGAGCAUGAUUGUGCCAGUGUACAAUGCUGAGGUGUCACCAGCUGAGCACCGAGGGCGACUGGUAUCUCUCAACCAGCUAAGCAUCACUGCCGGAAUCAUGGUCAGCUUCUUGAUCAACUUGGCAUGUGAAACAUAUGUUCAUGGCUGGAGAAUAUCCUUGGCACUGCAGGCACUCUUCUCCAUACUGCUGUUUGUAGGAAUGCUCUAUGCUCCCGAGACUCCCAGAUACUUGAUGAAGACCAACAAGCGCGCCAGGGCUGUGAACGUGAUGAGCUGGAUUAGAACUGGUCACAAGCGUCACAUCACCUCUGAAACUGAAGUCAGCAAAGCUGUUCUGGAAGAGGUCGACUCCAUUGCUAACGAGAUUCAGGAGGGUGCGGUGCAAGGAAAUGGAACCUGGGCAGAAGUCUUUGAAUGGACCUCGUUCAAACGGUUACUAAUUGGUAUGUGGGUGCAGCUAUUCCAACAGUUUACCGGAAUGAACAUCAUUAUGUACUAUUCUACGGGAAUCUUCUCCACUAUUGGUGUCAGUCCAUACCUCUCAACAGCUCUUGUUGGAAUCAUUAACUUUCUGACGACGUUUGGGACGCUAGUUCUCGUGGACAAGGUUGGUAGGAAGGUCUUGCUGUUGCUCGGUGGUCUUGGCAUGGCGAUAAGUACGGCAUUGGGAGCUACCGUCAUCACCGCUAGUGGAGGGAAUGAUAACCUUACAACGUCGGACGGAAGUCUUGUUGUCAUCUGCGUCUGUGUGUUUGUCUUUUCCUUUGCCCUGACUUGGGGGCCGGUUGCAUGGGUUGUCACCAGUGAAAUCUUCCCUCUGCGCCUAAGAGGGAAGCUCGUGUCCAUCACCACUGCUUCCAACUGGGCGGGCAACUUUGCGAUAGCGUUUGGCACCCCACUCCUGCUCAAGCCAUCAGUACUGGACGUCCAGGGAACGCUGUUUCUAAUGUCUGCCUGUAACGUUGCUGCGCUUGUGUUCAUCCUGCUUGCUGUUCCUGAGACCAAGGGUCGCAGUUUAGAAUCGAUGGAUGAACUGUUUGAGCAGCGCUCCGUGCUGGACAGUGCCGACUACAAGUACUACCUGAGGUGUGGUUGCUGUGUGGAUUGCGUUCGUCACAGAAGUCGAUACAGUACUCUGUCCGGUGAUGUUGAUGAUGACGACGUGCAGGCCGUGGGUGGUGCUGCUGCAAGUGAGGCAACAUUCACAUACAACAACGAUGGGUAGAUUACCUAUUCAGUAUACAGUAUACGCCUGCCUGAGUGUGUGUGUGUGUGUAUGUGUUACUACACAUACUUUGGCUAGGCUGACGUCGUUGUACGGAGAUAGCUAGACGUGCGGCGAGCUGUGAUGGGUGUGUUUAACACUCUGUUACAAUGACGUCAUGGUCAGCUGACUUACCAACUAGCUAGCUGUGAAUGCGAAUGACUGGUGGCGUGUGGCAAGUGAUGAAGCAGCGUGCAGCAUGUCGAAUCCAUUCAACCUGAGUCCGUUCAACCCGGCUGUGUUGAGCCACAGACCUGCAUUCCUGCUUGAGCUUUCGGUUGGCCAAAGAGCCCGGUCCCCUGCCCUGGACAUGAUGUGUUGAGUAAAUAUGCUGUGGUUGUCGUACUCUGUUGUCUGUUUCGUCAGGUUUUAAGUAGAUCAAAUGUUUUGUCUCAUUGUUUUAGUUUGGCGUGAUGCUGGCUGGGAUGCUAGUAUUUGCAUUAGCUACCAGAGCGUUAGCUGUCAUUGCUUUCUACAAGUACUUUUCUAGUGAGAUGGUCUUGAUAGAUUAUGACAGGUGUACGUGUGUUUGCCUCUAUUUGGCUGUUGUUUGCAAAAAGAAGUUACCUGAUAAUUGUUCGUAACUGAUGCUUUUAGAUACAGCGGCUUUGCAGUGAAGCUGGUCUUCUGCGUUUAAAAUUGUUGAACUCUCUGCGUUUUACUUAUACUUUAACAUGAAGCACUUUCAAUCAAGGAGCAGUUUACUGCUCCCUGUUUUCUAUGAUUAUUUAUAACUGAGUAAUAGAGGUUCCCACCUUGUGUCUCUAUGAGUGCUUUCUGUUUCUUCUGUUGUGUUUUGAGUUUUCCAUUAUGACAUUGGAAAUGAUCCAGAAUGGAGGAGCAAUGAAGUAAUACCAUUGCA